AUGGCCCUCAAGAUCCUCAUCAUCGGCGCCGGCGUCUGCGGGCCCGCCCUGGCGCUCCUCCUCCGGCGCGCCUCCGCCGCAUCGCACGAGAUAACAGUCGUCGAGCGAGCGCCGUGCCUACGCCAGACAGGGCUGCAGAUCGACCUGCGCGCACAAGGCAUCGCCGUGGUGCGCAAGCUGGGACUGACGGACGCAGUGCGCGAGGCCGUCGUGUCCGAGGCCGGGUUCACGAUCGUAGACGCCGACGGCAAGCAGAGGGCCGUGUUCGGGAAGAACGAGUCCGGGCGCGGGCAGCAGUCCUUCACGAGCGAGUUCGAGAUCAUGCGCGGGGACCUGGUGGGCGUGUUCUACCGCGCGAGCCUGGAGGAGCGGAAGGAGGAGACAACGCAGAGCGGAGGAAGCACCGUACACUACGAAUUCGACAGGUCCGUCACCGACCUGACGCAAGACGACACCGGUGCGACCGCCACGUUCUCCGACGGCACGACGCGCAGCUACGAUCUUGUUGUUGGUGCCGACGGGCAGCGCUCGCGCACGCGACGCAUGGUGCUCGGCAGCCAGGCGGCCAGCGACGCCACCUUCAGGUCGCUGCGCCUCUUCAUCGCCUACUUCACGAUCCCGCGCGCCGCCGACGACAACGACCUGGCCAAGUGGUUCUCAGCGCCCGGGAGCCGCGGCAUCAUGGUGCGGUCGGGCGCGAACCAGCCGCGCACGCAGAUCUACCUCGCCAAGCACGUCGACUCCGAGCACGGCCCCGAGGCGGCCGAGCUGCGCGCGUGUCUGAAGGAACCGGCCGCGGCGCAGAUGGACGCGUUCGCGCGCCUCUUCGACGGCGCGGGGUGGCAGACGGAGCGGUUCCUGCGGGAGAUGCGUGCCGACCCCGACUUCUACGCGCAGGAGAUCGGGCAGGUAAAGGGCUGCCAACUGACGCGGGGCCGUGUGGCGCUGGUCGGCGACGCGGGAUACACGCCGAGCCCCAUCACGGGCAUGGGGACGACGCUCGCGCUGACGGGGGCGUACGUGCUGGCGGGCGAGCUGGCGCGGCACGGGGGCGACGUGGAAGCCGCGCUAAAGGGCUACGAGAGGGUCAUGCGGCCGUUUGUCGACGAGGCGCAGAAGCUGCCGCCUGGGGCGCCGGGGAUCCUGUAUAUGAAGUCAAAGUGGGGGGUCGGUGUUUUUAACAGUAUUGCGACCUGGGUCUCGUGGCUGGGGAUCGACAAGCUUGUCAAUCAGAUGAUGCCGGAGGAUAAGGGGGGUUUGAAGAUUCCAGAGUACCCGAAGCUAGAUCUACUGCCGUAG